AUGGCGAGAAAGAAAGCACGCGUUGCAUCCACGGGCGAUCAAGUGACCAAGCCGGGUACCUCUACUCCUACGCAACAGCAAAAAUCGUCUAGCAAGACGGAGGAAGCCCCUUCGUCUUCGAAGACUGCUGCUCCUAAAGAGUGGAAAAUUAGCAAGGGCGAGAGUAAAGCAUGGCCUUCGCAGCCAGACGAUUGGGAUAGAGAAUAUUUCGAUGACGAGUUGAAAUUCGUCAACCCCACGAAGAAGGCCGGAUGCAUGACCGGGAUUGGUGUACGCUUCAAGGACACUGGCAAAAACAAAGCUACAGCACGACCUAGGGAGGGAAGACGAGUUUACCAAACACUCUCCAAUAGCUCUGAUGCGAGCGUCAUGAGCACGCCCAAUGACACAACCAAGAUGACGGCAAGUGCACCAGAAUCAGAGUGUUUCCAGACCCUUCUAGGCAUCUGUAAAGCAUUGGACAACACAAAGAUUCAGACACUGGACGAGUUGCUGCGCCGUAAGCCGGUCGACCAAGAGUGUUUGCCGCUGCCCGAAGAAAAGAGUUCGACGAGCAAGCCACGCCUUUCAUCUGAUGAAGAUGACUAUGAAGAUGACGAAGACGAUGAAAUCACCGACCUAGGCACUGGUUACUUUUCACACCAAGGCCUUGAUCUGACGGCACCUCCUCUAUCGGAUAUCGACGAAAUUUUCGGUUGUCUAGCUGAUACUGGCAAGAGACUCGGCCUGCUUGAAUCCAUCAUGCCGUUUGCUAGUAAAGGCGCGCGAAUCUUUACCAUGUGUUCAGGCACUGAAAGUCCCAUCAUUGCUCUGGACCUCCUUCGGAAGGCAUUGAGUCUCUCUGGCUUUGACAAGUUCAGCUAUCAACACCUCGGAAGCGCCGAAAUAGAGCCACAGAAGCAGGCGUUUAUCGAACGAAACUUUCGCCCUCCUGUCAUCUUCCGCGAUGUUACCGAGUUCAUUCCUUACGCGGACGCAAAAGCAAAGCAAGAGGACUACAAAUCAAUUCGGCCGUUCAGCGCCUAUGGCAGACGUGCAGACCCGCCCGAAGGUGUUCACAUUCUUAUUGCAGGCUCAUCCUGUGUGGACUAUUCGUCGCUGAACUCACACAAGAAGCAAAGUGACGGCGAAUCCGCUCAGACCUUAUGGGGUAUAUUUGCCUAUGCACGGGCUCAUCAACCAAACAUCAUUAUCUUGGAAAACGUCGCCAACGCUCUGUGGGACCAAUUAGCAGGCAACUUGACCAAUUACGGCUUGAGCUACUUCGUCGUCCCAGUGAAGGUGAACUCCAUCAACUACUAUGUCCCGCAGACACGAAUUCGAGGCUACUGUCUUCUGAUCAACAUCGAACACGCCAGACGUGUAGGUCUCGAUCUUGAACUGGCCGGAAUGGAGUUUGUUCGCUCCAUGGCACGCUUUCAGCGUCGAGCAUCCUCGCCCUACAAGGACUUCCUUCUGGAUGAAGAUGAUCUACGACUCAAGUUGGCGAAGGAGAAUCCGGGAGAUUUCGAUACACGUGAGAGGCUGGUUAAUUGGGCCGCCUGUCGAAAGCGUCAUUUGGAUGUGCGCGUGAGCCUACAGUUGGGCAUGUCAAAUCCAUACACCCGACGGCAGAACAACUCACAAUGCAAGUUGGAAGAUCAUGCCUGGCAACAUUGGGCACUUGCACAGACGGAAAGAGUAAGAGACACUCUUGACAUCAACUAUUUACGCUACGUCGUCGAGCGGGACUUUGAUAUGCGCACCAAGCACAGAAACUUCAACGUCUCUCAGAACGUCGACCGGGACAAUGACAGCCGGCAGUUUGGGGUGGUAGGUUGCAUAACACCGAGAGGUGGCCUCUUCCAUACAGCUAGAGGUGGACCUUUGACUGGUCUGGAAGUUUUCGCCUUGCAGGGCAUGCCCAUUGGUGAUCUGAACUUGAGCAAGGAUUCUUCGCGGGACCUCCAAGACCUUGCUGGAAACGCUAUGACUACAACUGUUAUCGGCGCUGCAAUACUCAGUGCCCUGAUCGCAUGUCACAAGGCGACCAAGCAGCAGCCUGGCACGAUUGAACAAACGACUAUCUUCCAACAGUACACAGAUGAACAUGGAGGCGAUGAUGUGACAGCGACCGAAGCAGGUUCCUUGGCUCAGCCCCUCUUGUCUGAAACAGAGCUCGUUGCGAGGUCAAAAGAGUUCCCGCUUCAGAGCGACCAUGACUCAUUCUCUAUCAAGGAUGCAAUCCCCUUGGGUGACAUGAUAAUCAGAGCAAAGGCCUCUCAGCCACUGUGCCGUUGCGAAGGUAUUGAGCGCCAUGCCACCGAACUUCUAAUCUGCCUAGGGUGCUUCUUCACGACCUGUGGGUCCUGCAGCCGAGAUGCUCAUGAUGGUUUGCAGGAACUGCAGACAGAGUCACUAGGUGUUUCUCGUCAAUCAGCAAGAAGCUUUGUCCAACAACUGAUUCGUUCGCUGCCUCCAGUCCUAGCCUUGCAGGGCCAAUAUACUUCUGCGCUAGACCAGCUUACUAGCAAAGGCUUCUUCUUGCACCACAAAUCGUCGAUCAAGAAAGCUUUCGAAGAAAACCUGUACUUCCAGGGAGUUAGGUUCGACGGCUCCUGGAAAGCAACUUACGAAUCCGGCUAUGCAACACUUCAACUCAGCUUCGUGCCUGUUUUCACUCAACCACCACCGAACACGAAGCGUGCGUUGCCAAAUGUAUCGAAUGCAUUAGCGAAGCUCUCCAUACAGCCGACGUGGCUACUUUUCGUCAAGCCGCCGAGCACAGAACCUGCUGAAAGCAAGCUAAGAGAUCUUUUGCUGCAUCCGGUAGCUAGAAUGCGCCCAUCACGAACCUUGAUGUCAGGAGAGUGGGAGUUGUGGAAGGGACUGGAUAAGUCUCACAAGGUCAACAUCUUCGGCACAGGAACUAAACAGCCUUCUUGGGAGCAAAACCUAGGGCUUAAAGGAGCUCCAUUCAACACAAUGGAAGUGUUCUCCGAGAUUGAGGUCAAACCUGCUCUUGACGCCAAUGGAGAAGUUCCUUUGGCACUGCAGCGGAUCAUUGGGAAAUACCGUCUUUUGCAACAAUGUCCUGCAGCCAGUGGCACAUUGCACCGAAAAGUCUCUGAAUCCCAGCACGAUGACAGUCCUGUGUUUAUGUUCUUGGAUCCCCAUCCCGUGCGAGAAGCAUUUUCGGACCGGGUAGUAUUCGCCACCCAACCUCCCCGCGGCGUCUCAACGGACGAACGGUACAUUCUGGCAAGACUUCCGGCGCCAUGGAGACCUGCAGUGUUGACAAAGUGGCCGGAGGGUCAAACACUUGAUUGCGAACUUGUAGCACAAUGGUCGGAGGCUCAGGGCGCCGGUUUGGAACUGGCUGUGCCAGCUGAAGGGCGGCAGAUACGCAAGUGGUAUCAGCCAGCUGAGUUCAACGUUGGUGCGAAUGUUCAGUGUCGAAACUCUGCGUCGACUCUUUUCGUUGUUCAAUUGAGACUGAAUCCUGACCAACAAAAGAGAUUCCCUCCAGGCCGUGUCAUCACUAUCGAGCUGGAGAACAAGCCCGACGUUUUACGCGGAUUUGGUUGGAUCAUAUCACACGCAUCCGACGUGCCUCAUUUAAAUGCUGGAUGGCAGUCUGUCGAUGAUGCCCAAACUGCGGUUUGCCUUGCAUGUUCUCCCCGAGCACCAGAGCUCAGAUGGGUCAUGCAACAGGUAGGCAAGAGAGAUAUUGUCAAGCCGAUCGAGAAUGCCGAAGAAGCAGCAGUUUUUGAAGACGCUCUCAAGCGUCGCCCAAAGCCAACGGUUGCCUUGAUACAUUGCCAUGGCGAUCAAGCAUUCUUGGAAAUCCAGCUCAACGUCUCCACCCUCAUACACCGUGCAAAUGGCAAGUUCGCCUCAAGUUCCGGUUCACUGACCCAGCUCCUCGACUCCAGCUGGCGAUUGACGCGCCACGAUCCAUUUGCAGCACGCCCAGUCUUUACUUCGCUUCAACUACGGGACAAUGAAUCGGAGCAACCUGUGUCCACCACAGAUAUUCGUCAGCGCAAACUCUGGAUCUCACAGCGCAAGAUAAUAGCGUGGAUGCAGAAGCAGGAGCAAAAUCCACCGAGCUGGAAGGAACUUGCCCUUGUCGAGUCUUGUUUGCCUGCUGUCGGAUGGCGGCUCGAAGCUCGAGCAAGACUCCAAGUGCAAGUGCGAGGCGGGAUCAUUGCCGAUGAUGUUGGGGCCGGGAAGACUACUACGGCCCUCGGUCUGGUGGCUUUGGACCAACUGUCCAGUUAUUCUUCAUUUACCACCCAGCCCCAGGAUACGUACAUGGAUACCCAUGCGACCCUGAUUCUCAUGCCAAAAAACAUCAUCAAACAAUGGGAGGCUGAAGGCAUCGAGUGCUUGGGUUGGAAGAAAUUUGAUCCGAAAAAGGCCAGGAAUCCCCAGCCCUAUUACCUGCUCAUCCAAAACGUCAAAGAUCUAUCCAAGCACUCGCGACAAAAUAUCCAAGACUCCUCUCUCAUUCUGGCGCCGUGGGACAUGUUUGAAGAGCCUUAUUAUUGGAAUCAACUUCGCAAGCUAACUUGUGCAGCCAAUGUCCCGAAUGAUCCAGGCCGCGCUUUUGCCGAAUGGCUGGAGUCCAGUCUAAACUCUCUUGGAGAUGCGAAUCAGGCAUUACUGGACAAUGAGGCCGGAUUCUGGAAGUUCUGGAAGGGCCUGAGAGCGAAACAGUCGGGCUAUGACCGCUUUGAAGGGUUCAUGACUCGAGCAAGCAAGAAAACAGAGAUGGCCGCGCAGAGAAAGGCUGAAAAGGAAAAGGCGGCAGCAGAAGCAGCUGCUGCGGAUAAGAGGAAGCUGGACGAGGUUGAACAAUCUGAUUCUGACGGCGACCACAAGCCCAGUCAAACCCCUGUUUCAAAGGCCAACGAACCCGCACCAGCUGAUGCCGGGCCUACAAUUGCGCCAGACCAGACAAAGGCAGACACAGCCCCACCGCAAGACGACGGAUGGGAAAAAGAGCUGGAUGAUUUCCAAAAUAUGGAGACCAUUCCCGCUCUCCUUCAUAUGUUCUCAUUCAGAAGAAUCAUCGUUGACGAGUUCACAUACAUCCCCGGGAAGACAUUGCUUGCACUUCUCAAGCUUCAGUCCGAUUCAAGAUGGCUGCUGUCAGGCACUCCUCCAAUUCACUCUUAUGACAGUGUCAAUACCAUGGCUAAGCUGUUGGGCACGCGCAUCUCCACUUACGAUGAGGGCAGCGGCAAGUUUGCAUUCGGCAAGGAUGGAUCCAAGAUGACAAGAGACCGAUCAGAUGCCCAGGAAUUCCAGUCAUACCAUACACUGCGUUCGUCAGCAUACACCAACACUGUGUAUCGGCGAACCUCGCUUUUCUCUGAGCUGUUCAUCCGCAAGAACCAAGCGGCCGUGGUCCUCAAACCAAGACACGAGCACUUUGAGUAUUUCGACCUCAGUCCGUCCGAAAUGAUCACGUACAUGGAAGUCGAUCAGCUGGUCGAGGAACAAGACACGGUGUUCAACAAGAAGCCCCCCAAGCCGAAUGCGGCGGCCAAAGGAAAUGGAAAUCAGAAGCCUGAUGACAACAACGGCGGUGACGGAGAACCAGCUGACGCUGCUGAGGAUGACGACGCGGGUAAUGACCAGAUGGUGACGUUUGUGGACCGCUUGAAGACAGCAGUGGAGCAGAAGCCCAGUCCUGACUAUGCACGCAUGUGUGCCGCACCAAUCCUCGCCCAAUCACUAGAAGGCAUCCCAGAAAAUAAGAUCGGAAGUGAAGGACAAAUUCUACAGCAUCUUGCCGAAUCACAUAAGGAGCUUCUCGUUGCCAGAUCCGAACUUCUUCUGCAAUGGUUCCAGGAGGUAUGGUACAUAGCCCUUGGAAGCCCUGGGCAGCGAGCCGUGUGCACACCGGCAUUUUACGAUUUCAUGUACGAUGUCAAGAACGGGGCAUUGCCUGACCGAGACGUCUUGCCCAUCAUCACCCAGCUCUUUUGGAACGCCAAACAGGACCCAAAGAAGCCUGCGCGCAAGCUAAGGCCCUCCAGGCCACCAAAACCAGAACCAGAACCAAAGAAGGCCAAGCUCCAGGACAAGGCUGCCCAAGCUGCCCAGACAAAGAAGGACCUGGAAAACGAAAUGAACCUCCGAAUUGACAGAGUUCAUGUCCUGAUCAGAGAUUUGGCGCGUGGGUUUUGUCGUCUCCGCCUGUUGGAGUUGGUCUCUGCGUUGGUGGACAAAGACGGUAUGCUACUUCCAAAGUGUUUGGGCUGCGGAAAUGCCACACCCGAUGGCCAGAGCAUCCAGAUCUCGACGUCGUGCGGCCACAUUGUGGCGUGUGAGCAAUGUUCUGAAAUGGGAACAUAUACUGAAACUCCGUGCUGUGUGUGCUUUUCGCCCGACCAGAUCAAGCCGGCAAGUCACUUUGUGGCCGAAGUGAUGGAGCCAAAGGGAAAGGGAAAAGGAAAGGCCAAGGCGGUGAGUGUGACCAGUGAUGAUGUUGUCCGAGUCGGUGAGGGCUCGAGAAUGAUGAAGGCGAUGGCGAUCAUCCAAGGAUUUAAGGCCAAGCGCGAGCUUGGAUUGGUGUUUGUGCAAUUCCCAGAGGUCAAAGAUGCUCUGGUCCGGGCCUGCCAGCGUGCAGGCCUGGCCAGCAUCGAUGGCUUCAAGUACACGCAGAAUGGCGUGGGGAAGUUCCAGCGGGCGGCCGAGGCGCUGUCUCGGGGUCAGGAGCCGGGUGCGUGGCUCCUGAUCCUCAAGACAGACAGCGCCGACGCCGCCGGCUGGAACCUCCACAUGGCCAACCAUGUGUUGUUCUUGUCGCCGCUUCUGGUGUCGUCUCGAGAGGAGAGAGACGCCACCAUGGAGCAGGCGGUCGGCCGGUCCCGGCGCCCGCGCCAGCAAAAGGAGGUACAUGUGUACCACCUCGCGGCGCGGGCCACCAUGGAGGAGAGGAUGGUGGCCUCUCUCCGCCAGGUGUAG